UGCGCGUAGGCGGCGGAGGCGGAGCCAGCCGCUCCGACAGUGCGGUCGUGUGGGGGAGUCGCUGGCGGGGCAACUGGGCAGCUCCCUGGAAGGCCGACGGAGGCUGACGGGCGGGUGCUGGGGACCGAGCCUCGGCUUGCAGCCGGCAGUUCCAGCGGGUCAGUGAAGAGGUCGGCGGCCCGAGCAGGCGCUAGUCAGCUUUAAGGAAAAGUAGAAAUAACUUCUGACUUUACGGAAUAGCAAAAAUUAAGUGACUACACUGCAAAUCAUGGCACUACCAUUCCGGAAGGACUUGGAAAAGUACAAGGACCUUGAUGAAGAUGAGCUCCUUGGGAAUCUGUCAGAAAUAGAACUGAAACAACUGGAAACUGUUCUGGAUGAUCUUGACCCCGAGAACGCCCUUCUGCCUGCAGGGUUCCGGCAGAAGAACCAGACAUCAAAGACCGCCACAGGGCCCUUUGAUAGAGAGCGCCUCCUUUCAUAUCUGGAGAAGGAAGCAUUGGAGCAUAAGGACAGGGAAGACUAUGUGCCCUACACUGGAGAAAAAAAAGGAAAAAUAUUUAUCCCCAAACAGAAACCUGUACAGACUUUUACAGAAGAAAAAGUCUCUCUUGAUCCAGAAUUAGAAGAAGCUUUGACAAGUGCUUCUGAUACAGAAUUGUGUGACCUUGCAGCUAUUCUUGGGAUGCACAAUUUGAUAACAAACACACAGUUCUGUGAUAUAACGGGAAGUAGUAAUGGUGUUGACCAAGAACAUUUUUCAAAUGUGGUGAAAGGUGAGAAGAUUCUUCCAGUAUUUGAUGAGCCACCAAAUCCAACCAACGUUGAAGAGAGUUUAAAGAGAAUUAAAGAAAAUGAUGCUCGUCUUGUGGAAGUUAAUUUGAAUAAUAUAAAGAAUAUCCCAAUUCCAACCCUAAAAGAUUUUGCGAAGGCUUUGGAAACCAACACACAUGUGAAAUAUUUCAGUCUUGCAGCCACCCGGAGCAAUGACCCUGUUGCUGUUGCUUUUGCAGAUAUGCUGAAAGUGAACAAAACUCUGAAGAGUUUAAAUAUGGAGUCCAACUUUAUCACAGGAGCUGGGAUUCUAGCACUGAUUGAUGCUUUAAGAGACAAUGAAACCCUGGCAGAGCUCAAGAUUGAUAAUCAGAGGCAGCAGUUGGGGACAGCUGUAGAAUUGGAAAUGGCCAAGAUACUUGAGGAAAAUACAAAUAUCCUUAAAUUUGGGUAUCAGUUUACACAGCAGGGACCACGAACCAGGGCAGCUAAUGCUAUAACAAAAAACAAUGAUUUAGUGCGUAAGAGACGAGUUGAAGGAGACCACCAGUAAGUCCACCAAGGUAUAAUCUUUGGUGGACUUAAGAAGAUCACCAAGGGCUCAUUCUGGUGACAUCGGAUAUAAAAUUUUCCUGGGUAGAAGGGAAAAGACUGGAAAAAAAAUUUUUAAUGACAUAUAUAUUUUUUUUAGUGUAAGUUGUUAUCAGUUUCACAUUAAAAUCAAUAGUAGAUGAUAUUUUAUAUUUUGAAACAUUUCUACUUUCUGCUGAAAUCAAUUUUAAUUUAGCUUAAUUUGAGUGGUUUAUGAUGAGUCUUGGGCAAAAAGAAAAUACAGUUGUUUAAAAAGUUUCAGAAGUCAUUUAUGUAGAAUAAUUUGAACAUUUUGAGGACCAAUCUUUUUUAAAUUAAAAAGGGGACAUUACUGAUAUCAAAAUUGCUAUUGCUCCCUUUUAGGUAUAAAGCACUUAAAAGCUUUCUUUAUUCCAUGACCUGGAGACUUUACCAUUUUUUAAAACAUAAUGGACUUGGCAAGAGUGUGGAUUUUUUUUUCCUUAUCAAGAGAACAAAAUGCCAGAAUUUUAAAAUAGUCGACUCAAAAUCUGGUCAUCUGUUCAGGGGCAAAAGCAGGUCACUAGGGAGAGAAAAUGGUCUUCUGCACAUUCCCAUCACUUCACUUGCCUAAUGUGUCUCAGAAACACCUAGAGUUUUUUUAAACAAAGUCAUCAGCUUUGCCAGGUUACAUAUUUUGUUUAAAAAUGUAGUCAUGUCUAAGUUCAUUACAGUUUUUUAUUUUAAUAAUGUGGGCAUUAUUAAAUUUUGCGAAAGCUAAUAGUAAAAAGCAUCUGAGUAGAAAAGCUGUUUUUUCUCCUGUAAAAAGGCAUACAGCCAGUUCUUGGUUAUUUAGGGUAAAAGAAAAAAGAAAGCUGAUGUUACACACCUGAAAUGAAAGGUCAUAAACAUGAUGGAAUUCAAGUCUGAAGAGCUUGCAAAACAGUCAUUUAAACUGAUAGUUACUGUAAGUAAAUUAGAAACUGGCAUGUGUGUAAAUUACUUGGUGUUGCACAGUAUUCUGAGAAGUUCCUAUAUGUAGUGCAGAAUUGCAUAAGCAGUAUUAAAUCACCACUAAAAUCUUACAACCAAUAAGAAAAACUGUUCUUCAUAAAUCUGACUUUUAGUAUAUACUUCCUUUUAUCUUAUUCUUUUUAACCUAUAUUGUAUAAAAGUUAUAAAAGUCAUUUCUGUAACAAAAGCAGUCUUUAUUGCUCAAAGCAUUAAAGUGAACAAUUGAGCAGUGCACUCUGAUGGGAAGACCGAUAGGAGACUGCAGAACCAAUGCUGGGAUGGAGGGUUUAGAUUUGUUUGUGCCUGUCUCAGGACAGCCCCUGGAGCAGGAGGUGGCAGAGGCAUUUGCAGCCAGCAGCAAACAGGGAGGAAAGGAAUCUAAGGUAACUUUGGCCUCAGAAAUUCAGGCCUGGCUAUAUCAUUUACAGGGAGAUUUUUCUGAAGGGAAGAAUCUCAUUUCUGAUUGAGGGGAGGUAGUUUGUUAACUUUUUUAACUUUUUGAAAUUGAAUUGCAGAGUAUCUGCUACUUAGGCCUGGGCUGGUUUCUUUAAUGAGCUAGGCAGCUUCUUAUUACUAUAAUAAGCCUUCUUAAUAGGCUAAUGCUUCCCUUAUAAGAACUGUGGUGUGUUGUUGUUUGUUUUUUGAUAUUUCUUGUUUUUUUUAAUCAGUAUCCAACAUUUUAAAGGGGCCAAAGAUUAACUUUGCACUAUUCCCUUUCAGUUAUAGGCCACUGAUUUUUGUUUUUCAAGUUAGCAAGUCUUGCUUUCUUGCUUCCCUUCUCCCUCUUUUCCUUUUCACAUACAACUUUUGAAUUAUACUUGAUUUUAUAGGGAUGGCAUAGUACCAUCAAGGUUGGGAGUCAGGUGUGGAGCACUAUCUAAGGCUAUCAGAAGGAAUUGGUUACUUAUACUCUCAUCCAGCCAUCCUUGUUUGCAUUGUCCUGCAAGUCAAUAAAUUGAUAAGUAGGUUCCCCCUUCCUCCCAUAAGCUUUUUUUUUUUUAAAUAUAGGUAGGUAGGCCCCUACCUAGACUGUUGUGUCAUACUCAUGGGUAAUAUCUUUUUCACUUAUUAUUUAUCAAAUUAUGAAGUUGAGUAUUUUGCUUAUACCAUUCCAGUUCUGUACUACAUUAGUUCAUUAUAUAAUUGAAGAAAAGAUUUCUUCAUAAGUAACUUUACCUAUGAACAUUCAUGUAAUUGAACAUAGAAAAUCUUUCAAGAACUUUAAUUAUAAGGGAGAAAAAUGGUGUUUACUUUGAUCUUUAAAAAUCUGGCACCUCUUGACCUUUUAGUAACUUUCAGUAUUUCUAAAUUGCUCUAAAAUUUUAUAAUAGAAUAAAUAGAUUAGGGUUUUGAAAUAGUCUUGAUUUUCAAGCCAAAGAUUUCGUAAGACCUUAAUUUUUGUAGUCUAACCAACUUAACUGGUUAUCUAAAAGAAUAUUCUUUGCAUUUUUAAAUUGCUGUUUUUGGAAAAACUUUUAAUUAUCCAUUUUGUAAAAUUUUAUAUUCAUAUUUGUCUGAAGUUCUAAUUUUUCCAGUACAUCUAUAUGAAAUUAUAUAUAUUAAAAACUCAAUAUUAGUGGCAAAUGUUAACACUAUUAAAAUGGAUUUGGGUGCUGUAUACUUGUAAUGAAAGCCUAGUAAAGUCUGAAGAAUGGAUAAAAUACACCUUCUAAGGGUGCCUGUGUUUAAAAGACCAAAUAAACAUUUUGUGAUAAAUAAAUUAACAGAUUGUUAGAGACUUCA